CCGUGCAGCACUGACUGCAGAGGAUGAGCUCAGCUGACCGUCUGCCUGUUAUUAUGUCCGCGAACAGGCGCCGCCAACACCCAAACUCAGUGCGGCAAAACAGGCGAGUGGCGCUCAGCUCAGCAUCGUCUCUAAUGAACGAGUGCGCAGGAAGAAACAUGAGUCACGAAUGAGGUCUGCAGGAUGUCUUUUAAGAAGGAAACACCCCUGGCUAAUGCUGUGUUUUGGGCAGCGAGGAAAGGGAACCUGGCUCUACUUCAGCUGCUGCUCAACAGUGGGCGCGUGGACGCAGACUGCAGAGACAGUGUACGGCCGCUGCAUGUCCUGGCUGCUCAGCUGCACGCUUUAACCAUAACCCACCUGUGUACGGAACCACAGCGCUGAUGGUGGCGUCCUACAGCGGCCAUUAUGAUUGUGUCAAAGAACUUAUCAUGCAAGGAGCUGACAUCAACUACCAGAGAGAGACAGGUUCCACUGCCCUGUUCUUCGCCUCCCAGCAUGGACACAAUGAAAUUGUGAAGCUCCUCUUUGAAUUUGGUGCCUCUACUGAGUUCCAGACAAAGGACGGCGGCACAGCUCUCACAGUCGCUUCCCAGUACGGACACUCCAAGGUGGUGGACACCCUGUUGAAGAAUGGAGCCAAUGUUCACGACCAGCUGAAUGAUGGUGCCACCGCUCUGUUUCUGGCUGCCCAGGAGGGUCAUGUGAAUGUGAUUCGUCAGCUGUUGUCAUCCGGUGCCAAGGUUAACCAAGCGAGGGAGGAUGGCACUGCCGCCUUGUGGAUGGCAGCUCAGAUGGGUCACAGUGAGGUGGUGAGGGUGCUGCUCUUACGUGGUGCUGAUCGGGAUGCUGACAGACAAGAUGGAUCAACAGCGUUAUUCAAAGCCGCGUAUAAGGGACACAACAGCGUCAUCGAGGAACUUCUCAAGUUUUCUCCUUCAGUUGGACUUCUCAAGAAUGGCUCCACUGCCCUACAUGCUGCUGUUAUGGGUGGAAAUCUUCGAUCUGUUUUGCUGCUGCUGGAGGCCAACGCAGACCCCACUCUACCCAACAAGAAUAAUGAACUCCCUGCAGAUCUAACAAAGAACGACCGCAUCCUAAAGUUGUUAAAUCCAAAAAUGUUAAAUGGAGACAGCUGAUGACCGACCUGACUGCUGCCUUCCUGCCUGCCUGUACCACACCGGUGACGUGUACUGAGGGGAAACUAAAACAAACAAUACAGCGUCAAAUCUACUCAGCUACAAUAUGUCCAUGGUGCUUGCUUUUGAUUGCAACUGAAAUUAAGCUGUCAUAUGUUGAAUAAAACCUGGACAAAAUCUAGAGCUACACAACGUGCAACCAAAAUGCAUCUGUCUGCCAUGUGCAUCAUCUCCUUUACUCUGUUGUUCUACAGUUUAUGCAUUUAUUUUUGUUUACCCCAGGUGUUGUAAGAUUUCUAGAUAUUUUGCACACUUUUUAUUUGCCUUUUUAAUAGAUGUAAUAAAGUGUAAAUUUGU